CGGAGGCAACAAGGAGAGCGCCGGUGCCUCGGUCCAGCCAGGGAGUCUCACUUCCGACAGGCAGUAGUGUGAGGUCGGAUUUAUCCGUGACCGGAGUGAAAAGUUCAACGCAACAAAGUUUGUUUUUACGCACUCCGUCUGAGAGAUCUUUCGCCUUUUACGCAAGAAUAAUAUAUUUUUUUAAACGCAUGGACGUGGGACUUUACGCAUUUUAUCCUGUCCCACUGUGGGAGGAUAACAGCUCCUUUCAUCGACAAAUUCAAGCUGGACAUCCUUCCAUCCUCAGCUCGGGAAUUUAGCUAAAACUGGAAUCUCUUUUGUAACGAGAAAUUCAACCAAGAGCCCAGAAAGGAAGCAGAAACUUAGAUCUUAAUCAACUUGGAGAUGCAGCCUCUGGAAAGAAAGUUUUAUCCCUGAGACACUAACGCAAAAGGAGUUCUGUUCGGACUAAAACCAUGAUGGAGCUGCUCGGAGUUGUGCGUAAAAGUCGCCGCGCACCGGACAGGAAGUGAACUAAUUAUUAUUAAACCCCAUCCCUCAUUUCCAUAUCUAGCGUGAGCUGGCUGGAGCGCAGCCAAUCACCCAGCGAAGGGCAGCAAGAGUCGUAAAAGCAUUCUCCUUCCUCCAUCACAAUCACACUGACAUGCGCAAUCUGCACACGGACAUCGACGGCAGCCUCACUUCGCUUAUUUCACGGAGUCCGCUGCCUCUGAAGGGUCCCAGUCGCUGCUCGUAGAUGAGUCGGCGGAAGGCAGCAGCGACUCGCACACGGAGAGCAACAUGUCCCGCCGCAAGCAAGCCAAACCCAAGCACCUCCAGUCAGAGGAGGAGGCGACACGGAGCGGACUCCUCUGCACGAAUGGCCUCGUACGGGGCACCGAUGGAGGCAGCAGUGAGGAAACACACAUCUGUGACAAAUGCUGUGCUGAGUUCUUCACAUGGACUGAACUGAGUAAACACCAGAAAGUCUGCACUGAGGACUCCUUAGUGCUGAUAGUAAAGGACAAUAACAGGGGUCGACCAGGGGCAUCUCCUAUCGGACCCUCUCCGGCUCCCAGUGUGGCGUCUAGUGACUCGUCUGUGGCAGAGUCCACAGAUGCCGGCUUUGAGCUGGGGGAGACAAUGCUGAAUGACAAUGACAGUCUGGAUAAUUUAGAGGAAGGCAUUGAUCGGGAUGAAGCCAUGGAGCAUGAGCAUUGCCGACCGGACGACUACAACGCACCCUCAAGCCCCCAGCCUCCUGAUUCAGCGGAGUCCAUUUCCCCCCAAAUGUCGACUGCUGGCAGCUACAGCAUGCCGAGUACGAACGUGACUCUGGAGAUUCUACACAGCACGAGGGUGGCUGUCGCCCAGUUCUCGCAGGGGAUAGACAGUUGUGGUACUGGAGGGAAGGCUGCCUCAGCUGCCAUCCCCGUGAUCCUGGAGCACCUGCUGGCUCUGCAGCAACAACAGGUCCACCAGCUGCAGCUUAUUGAGCAGAUCUGCAACCAAGUAGCCGUCAUGAACAGGCAACCAACACAGGCGGCGUUAAACCCGGUGUCCAGGUCUCUGUCUCUGACAUCUAACCCUUUUUCUUCUCAAGGCAUCAUCCCUCCUCCCAUCCUGCCUCUGUCAGGUACAAUGCCCUCGUCCGUCAAUGGACAGGCUGCUGUUUCUUUGUCUUCUGGCCUUGAAAAGUCACAAAGUCUCCAACCACAAACUGUAUCUGGACAAUCCUCCUUCAGAGAUGUAACAUGCACCUCAGCCUCCUCAGAGAAUUCAACCCCGCCUCUCUCCAGCAGCAGCAUCUCCACGUUACUCCCUCCGUACACAGGCUCACACAGCAGCAGCAUUAGUGGUACUCAGACGCUAAGCUCCUCCAGCCCCCUCCCAAUGGGCCAGAGCAGCCUCCUCAGCUCAUCCUCCAGCUUGCCAUUUCUACCUCAGAGCCCUCCCAGCAGCGUCAUCUUCCCAAAUCCCUUGGCUAGCAUUGCCGCCACAGCUAAUGCACUUGACCCUCUUGCAGCCCUGAUGAAGCACAGGAAAGGGAAACUGCCAAACGUGUCCUUGUUCGAAACCAAGCCCAGCCCAGAGGAGCCUUUCUUCAAGCAUAAAUGCAGGUUCUGUGCCAAAGUGUUUGGCAGCGACAGCGCUCUGCAGAUCCACCUGCGCUCCCAUACAGGAGAGCGGCCCUUCAAAUGUAACAUCUGCGGCAAUCGCUUCUCCACAAAAGGGAACUUGAAGGUACACUUCCAGAGACACAAGGAGAAGUAUCCUCACGUCCAGAUGAACCCCUACCCGGUGCCAGAAUAUCUAGACAAUGUGCCAACCACUACUGGGAUUCCCUACGGUAUGUCCAUCCCUCCAGAAAAACCUGGCUCCUCAUGGCUUGAUAGCAAACCUGUUGUAGCAACUUUACCAGCCUCUAUGGGUCUUCCACUUUCCUCCACUAUUACUAGUACUGGAGGCUCAAAUGACCCUGUAAGUGUAACUCCAUCCGUUAAAUCUCCCUUCCAGCCAUCUCCUUUUGAAUGUUUAUCUUUGUCACCUAAACACAGAGGCAGUGAGGCUCAUUUUUCUCCUGUUUCAGAGUCUCCGCUAUCUAACCGUGAGACAGAAGCAGCCAAUAUAUUAAAAGCAGAGGGGGUCCACUUGCCCCAAACCUGCUCCCUGAGACCAAGAGGCAACCCAGCAACGGAGGCAACCAGCACUACGAUCCCAGUAGGGGCCACCACACCCGAACCUGUCUCCUCAGCAUCCCCUGUCUCGAACUCUCCACCUAUCUCAAUCCACUCAGACGAAAUAAAACUCCCAACCAGUAGCCCCCUGGACUCUAUGCAAGCAUCCGAAACCUCAAAGCUUCAGCAGCUGGUGGAGAACAUCGACAAAAAGAUCACAGACCCCAACCAGUGCGUCCUGUGUCACCGUGUCCUCAGCUGCCAGAGCGCGCUGAAGAUGCACUACCGCAUUCACACUGGGGAAAGGCCCUUCAAGUGUAAAGUCUGUGGCAGGGCUUUCACCACCAAAGGCAACUUGAAGGCUCAUAUUGGUGUUCACAGAGAGAACCCUCCCGUUCAGGUGCAACACUCCUGCCCUAUUUGCCAGAAAAAGUUCACCAACGCUGUUGUCCUGCAGCAGCACAUCCGCAUGCACAUGGUGGGGCAGAUUCCAGACUCUACCCUGGUGGACAGGCUGCAGGACAAGGACAGCGAGUUCUCCAUCAAUGAGAGAAACUUUGACAGUCUAAGCAGCAAUAGCAAUGACCUCACUGACGAUAUUUCAAUGGAGGAAGUUAACGAGGAAGAAGAAGACGAGGUAGAAACCAUGGUGGAAGGUGUAAACCCGUCUAAACCCUUGAUCUCCGAUUGGAGUUCCCCUCCUAAGUCUUCCGCCAUUAUCUCAAGUAUUGCUGCUCUUGAGAACCAAAUGAGGAUGAUUGACUCUACUGUAAGCUUUACCCACUCUUUUGGUAUAAAAUCUCUAACAAAUGGUUUUGGUGAUGAUAGCAGCAAAUUCAGUGUUUAUUCAUCUGAGAAAAGGACGGACCAUUGCAGCGCAAAAAGCCCAAAUGGGUCAGAGUCGUCCUGUUCCCCCCAUGUGUCCGCGUCUCUGAUUGAAAACAACUCAGAAGGACCAACCACUAAAUCCCCUGCUGAGAACAAGACCAGGCCAGAAUACCAUGAGCCUCUGGCAGCCUCAGUGAAGAGAGAGCAAUCUGAGUCUCCUACCUCUGCAUCAGGAGCUGCAGCGGCCCAAGAGCUGAAAGGAAUGGAGACCGGCCAUCUGAGUGUGAAAGAGGAGACUCCUUACAGCAUGUCAUUCCAACUGAGCAGAGAAAGAGCUGCAGGUCAAAGCAUCCCUGGCUUGGUAACCAGCCCACUAUCAGGCAUGAUAAAAACCGAGCUCAACGGUCACAGUCAACCAAGCACCCCGUCCGAAGGGCCGCACCCACUUUUCAGCGUCCACAUCCCUCCAACUUACGCACCAAUCGGCAGCCCAGGAAUGACCUCCCUGCUCGGCCCCGUUCAUCCUCGACGGACACCAAAGCAGCACAACUGCAACGCCUGUGGGAAGAACUUCUCGUCAGCCAGCGCCCUGCAGAUCCACGAGCGCACACACACCGGAGAGAAACCGUUUGUGUGCUCCAUCUGCGGCAGAGCGUUCACCACCAAAGGCAAUCUGAAGGUUCAUAUGGGAACUCACAUGUGGAACAACGCACCAGCCAGGAGAGGCCGGCGGCUGUCGGUGGAGAACCCCAUGGCCCUGCUGGGGGGAGAGGCGAUGAAGUUUGGGGAAAUGUUUCAGAAGGACCUGGCAGCCCGAGCGAUGAACGUCGACACUGGAUUUUGGAACCGUUAUGCGACAGCCAUCGCCAAUAGCCUGGCCGCGAAAAACAACGAGAUCUCAGUGAUCCAGAACAGAGGCAUCUCUCAGCUUCACCCUCUCACUGCAGGCAUGGACCGGAUGAGCACCGCAGGAAGUCCGAUGACCAGUCGAACCAAGACAGGCAUGGACCUGGGGAAUAAUAGACAUUUUUCUAUGCUGAUUGACAACAGCAAAGACAUUGGAAUCAAUUGAACAGAAGCUGGACGGUGACUUGAUACUUAUGCAAUCUAUGAUGGACGUGUUUGUAAAACGCCUUGUUUGUUCUUAUGUAUUAUAUAGAGACUUAAAAAGAACUUUUUAUCAAUUGACAGAGAAUAGAAGGGUAUUCACAUUUCGCUAUUUUACUUCGCCAUCAUUUGUGAGUGUUUUUUUUUUUUAUCUACACAUUAAAUGUUUAACUUGUACCUGAAGAUUCCUACGGUGCUUAGACGUAUGGUUGCUCUGAAGAAGGGAACAUAUGUUUGAAUCAAUAAUGCAAAGAGUCUGCUAUCUCCCCUGGACAGCUGCCCAAUGCUGCUGGUGCAAAGCACAAAAUAUGCUCAUAAAUACCCACAACUAUGAGUUGCAAUGUUGUCAUGUUAUGUUGAGAAAUUGUCUUCUUAAACAAGAGAUGGACCGAAUAAAACCUAGAACAAUC